AUGGACAUGAGAAUGGAUUUCAUCGAUAUUUUAGCCAUCCAGCUGGAUAUUUUUCGGUCAGGUAAAGAAGAUGGAGCGAACAUCCGAUUGUUACGAGUCCUUCGACUUAUUCGAGGAUACGAGUGUGAAGAUCCUCGCGACAAAGUGUAUGCCGCUCUAGGAAUGGCCAUUGACGGGAACGAGGAUGGUAUUAUUUCAGACUAUACAAAGCCAGCUUCAGCAGUCUACAUUAAUGCCAUCAAAUUUUGCAUAUCAAAGCCAAGCAACCAGUGCCUAAAUCUUCGAGGAGAGACUUUUCAAGUAACCUCCUAUCCGCUUGAGAAGGUGUUAGACUCGUGUGCGUAUGGAGCAAGUGACUACGCCUAUAAUCCAAGACGACGAAACAUUGAAAACGGUCCUGAGUUGUCACGAGGACUCGCCUUCAAUUGGGAGUUAGCCAAUCGGGAUGAUAGCAAUAUGUCUGCCGAAGGUCACCAAAUGCAAAGCUGGAUGCUUGAAGAUGCAAAGGUAAUGACAUUCGGGAGAAGGAUGUUUGAAACAAGUCGAGGCUUCACCGGCAGCCGCCGAAGUAGAUGA